GUACGCUCCGGGAAGGUCAGCUCAGCAGCAGGCCGUUAGCUGAGGCGGCGCAGUCGUAGGUAAAGGGGCGGCACUUCAGAAUUGUAACAUUAAACCAUGGGUUGUGCGUGGAGGAGCUGCAGGAGGUCCUGAAUAAGUGACAUGAGCGUUGAAAGUGAAAGAGACGGAAAGAUAAGUGGAAGAUGUUUGAAAACUUUAGAGAGCGGUUACUGACCGUCCAACAGGACUUGACUACGGGGAUUAAGACACUAAGCGACAAAUCGAAAGAAGUGAAGAUCAAGAAAAAGCAAAGGGGAGCAGACUGUAUGCCUAAGUUUUCUGCAGGGGCAGAAUUAUUAGAAAGAUAUGAAAAUUCCUGGGUAUUUCUUCAUAAACGAGCCAAGGAGAAUGCAGAAGCUGCUGAGGCUGUUGAUCGACAAGUUGUGAUGCUUUCAGCUCACUGGGAAAAAAGGAGAGCUGCAUUUACUGACUUGCAGGAACAGCUACUUCAGAUCCCAUCCUUCUUGACUGAUUUGGAAUCCAUAACGGCUAAAAUAG